CGGUCAUGUGAUCAGCUGUGUCCAAUCACAGCUGAUCACAUGGCACUGAUGAUCAGUGUGCCCUGAUGAUCAGUCUGGCCCCAAAAGUGCCACCUGUCAGUGUCCAUCAGUGCCAGCAGUCAGUGCUCAUCGGUGCCACGCGCCAGUGCCCAUCAGAGCUGCCUUUCAAUGUCACCCAUCAGUGUCAGUCAGUGCCACCUAUCAAUGCCAAUCAGUGCCACCUAUCAGUGCCAGUCAGUGCCGCCCAACAGUGCCAUAUAUCAGUGUCAUGUAUCAGUGCUGCCUUUCAGUGCCCAUCAGUGAUGUCUGUCAAUGCCCAUCAG